UCAGUGCGUGUUCCGUGGCUUCGAAUUGCGUAGAAGUGUUUCUGUGAGUUCCGACGCGUUUUUGCAGCGAGUGGUGCCGACCUAAUUCCGGCCGGUUUGUGCUUAUUCGCCGAUUACUGUUUUUUAUGUCUGAGGACGUGCUGUUGAGCUCGCAUUUAUGUCCUCAUUCGCGUCCUGUCUGUCUGCGCAUUGUACACGCCUUGAUACUGAGCGAGAGGAUGAUGGGGUUUGGGGAUUUUGUAAAUCGGCUCUCAGGGUAGCUCAGAGGUAGGGUUGAGGUACUCGUCGAAGGUCGUGAUCAACGGCCAGGUAAUGACGUUGUAGGUUGUACUUUAAAUGAGAGACAUCUCUAACGGCGAACGCACUUUUGAUUUUAAGGAUAGAGUCCGGCGGCGGGGCUUUUGUGAACACGGUGACGAACCUUCGGGUUCCUUAAAGGAAGUGGGCUAUUAUUUGACAAGCCGAGUAUACAGUCGACUUUUUAAAGAAUUUCCUGCGCCGUAGAGUGAGUGAGUUUCCUGUAUUCUGUGUAGGUCGUGCGCCCUUGACCCGCCUUCUGUUUCCCACGGUCAUGGCCAGUCCAACGGAUGAUCAAUCUGGUUUUCUUCAAAAUCCCCACAUUUUGGUUCCUCACAGUCAUUCUCAACAACCAUCAAAUUGGCCAUAAGCAGAAAUAAAGCGAGAGCUGCUACAUUAGCGACUGUCAGCUUCUCAAGGAAGAUUUGGUUUAGUAUUGCUUUAACCCUUGGGGCCCUACGUCGGACUGAGUCCGCCGCGUAUUUAGCGAAUUUUUAUACGUGAUCUGGAGUCAAACUGAGGCUGUCAUCACAUCAUCCAAGCCUUCUUCUUUGCACCUUUUCUAUCCUAGACUUCGUGUGCCUCACAAUAGUGAAAGGAGGAAGGAGGAACUUAUUCUGACGUGUCGAAGGAAGCCAAUGUUUUGCCGUACAUCAUAAAGCGAAGGAAUACCAUCGGGUGUGUGGCUGUCGUAUUUACUUAGAAUAUUAAUAUUUUAUGUCUGAUAAGAUUAUAAAACAAAUAUCCCAUCUUCCUAGUAGGAAAUUAUGUUUUUAAAUUAUUUUUGACGCAUAGAGCAAUCCACCACUGACAUACACACAUCCAAUCGUCGUCUUAUCAAGCAUUCUUUAUGUGUAGUGACUUUAUCGUUUACACUUCGUGUUGUGUUUCACUUUCCUUGUUUUGAACCGGAACGACAGGACGCAGAAAGGCACCAGUUAUUACGCAUCUCACUGGCGACAGUGGUACAGUCCGUGAAAAAUAUUUCACACGGUCAGUUUUCAAACAAGAGGAACUGUGAUCCUCUCAGAACAUAUUUUCACCAUAUUCAGCAAAGCUUCUUCCGCUUUAUGCAAGUUAUAAAACAAAAUCAAACCAGUUCAUAAUAGAACUUGAAUUUAUAUAGCUUAGUGGUAUUUAAAAGGGACCGCAUUGGGUUAAAAUGAUUUCCCGCCAUCGGUGAACAGUUUUGAAGGGGAUUUGGGCGCCAAGGCUGUUCUUAUAUGGGCAGAUAAUCUGAGCGAAAGUCAUACAAUCUGAACGCCGAAUAUGAAGACAGUUUCUAAAACGUCCUCAUUAGACUUUUUUUAGAAGUAGGUUGUGAAAAUAAUAUGUCCAUCAGGCAGUCAGGAGGUUGUAACGAAACGUCUUGAAUGGUCGCACUUUCUUCAUAAUGACACGGCGGUCGCUCUCUCUCUCUCUCUUUCUUUCCCUCAUAUCUCGGCCCGCCCACGUUUGUUUUUUAUUUUCUUUGAAACGUCUCAUCGCCUGCUCCCACCCCGUGGGAGAAAUUGCUCUCACCGAGCAGACAGCAACCUCAUUGCUCCAGCACAAGGGCAAGGCGAGUGUUUCGACGGCGAUCCAUAGCGGAUUUGGCGGUUGGACAUCGAACGGUAAACAUCGAGAAAUGCAUCCGUUUCGGUGGGUCUACGCGGUGAGUGCAGUCCUCGUCUGGUGUCGCUGUGGAGGUGGGUCCCGUGUGCUCAUGGUUACGAUGGGGGGCACCAAAAGCCACAAGAUCCCCUUCCUGGAACUUGCACGUGGACUGAUAUCACGCGGCCACAACGUAACUUUUCUAAACGCGUUUCCUCCGGACGCUGAGGAAGCAGGACUAGAGGAGAUCACUCCUCUAAACUUCGUGUUUUAUGUUCGGAACUACACGAACUGGGACCUGCUGGGAGUUCGGAUGAGUGGCAGAGAAGCUGUGCCUCCUGCUGACGUGCUCCGCUACGCCUAUCACUCAUGCGACACCGUGCUGUCGGACCCUGAAACACGCCAACUCAUGAACUCUGGGCGCUCCUUUGACCUCGCCAUACUGGACGGUGCUUACCCUGAGUGCGCACUUGGUCUCGCCUUUCAUUUCCGUGCUCCAUUCAUGUACCUCAACAGUGUGGCAUUUUACAUGGGGUCGGUGUCAUAUGGGGGCAGUCCCGCGCCCUUUUCGGUGACACCAUUCUUUGCCAGGCCGUUCACUGACGACAUGGGAUUCAUCGACCGAGUCCGGAACACCGUGUACCUGACAGGAACAGAGAUAGUGCAUUCAGUGUUCAUAAGCUGGUAUUUGGAGGCCAUGAUGAAGAAUUACUUCGGCGCGUCAAUGCCACGUGUUUUUGACAUGGCGAAGAAUGUUAGCUUUAUCCUUCAGAACGGACACGCUACAGUCACGUACCCGAGACCAUACCUGCCGAACGUCGCAGAAAUAGCUUGCAUUCACUGUAGACCAACGAAACCCCUGCCGAAGGAGCUGGAGCAGUUUGUGUCAGGGUCUGAGAUGGGCUUCAUCUACGUCAGCAUGGGUUCAUCCGUCCUGACUGCAAAGAUGCCUGAGGUGCUCCGAAUGACAUUUCUCAGAGCCUUCGCCCUGCUGCCCUACCGUGUGAUCUGGAAGUGGGAGACCCCUGAGAACAGCGUCCUUGACCUGCCCAGCAACGUGCUUCUGAGUCGGUGGUUGCCGCAGCAGGACAUAUUGGGUCACAAUAAGAUCCGAGCUUUUGUGACCCACGGGGGCUUGCUGAGCAUGUUUGAGACCGUAUACCACGGGGUGCCAGUUGUGACGAUGCCAGUGUUCUGUGACCACGAUGCCAAUUCAGCCAAGGCGGUCCUGGACGGUUAUGCCCUGAUGCUGCAGCUUGAGGACCUUACUACAGAGAAGUUGGUGUGGGCCAUCAAUGAGGUCAUUCAUGAUCCAAAGUACCGAGAGGGUGUGAGAAAGCGCUCAAGAUUACUGAGGGAUCAACCAGAACAUCCACUGAAUCGUGCCAUCUACUGGACAGAAUAUGUACUAAGGCACAAAGGUGCCUACCAUCUACAAUCUCCAGCCAAAGAGCACAGCGUAUUGCAGUAUUAUCUGAUUGACGUCAUUAUCUUCUGCUUCAUAGCGGGUUACAUCUGCGUGAAAUUGUUCAUUAAACUGAACAGUGUCGCCAUUAGACUACUCAUACGCUUUGUUCCUAAUCCGCAGUCUUUGCCCGAGGAGGAACUGACAAGACGGAAAACGAAAUUGAAAUCAGAAGGCAGCGGAGUCUCCGGCAAUGCAGGGGUGGACUUUAGGAAUGGUCUUGUUGCAUCAAAUGGUGAUUGUGUUGCCAUGAGUGCAAACGGCAUGAAAAUGGUAAAUGCAGUGCGCACAGCAACUUCACCUCUGAAGCUGAUUCAAGGUCAGGCCAAAACUUUAAAGUUACAUUGACCCUGGAGACCAAAUUUCUUGAUUUAUUUAAUGGUAAGAACUCUGAAUAUAAAUGUGGUUAAAGACUGUACUUCUGCUACGUGUUAUAUAUCAUGCAUCUUCUCUUUUGUAAGCAGUGGAUGGGAAUUGUUGUCAUUGGUACCAAAUAAAGAAAUAAACUCUUGAUAUUCAAAGUUACAAAUCUCAUACCAAUUUUCCUUUGCUUAUCCACUGAAGUCUGAGGCAGGGUGACCAAAUUCUAAAGACUAAAAAAUGGGAACCCAACAAUUCAUAUGUAUAUAUUUAAUCAUUCUUGUUCUCACACAUUACAUACUAAAUAUAAAUAUUAUUUCAACCA